AUGCCAUCCAAGAAGCGUCCCUCUCUUUCUACCGACGACGACGAGAAGCCCGACCUGUCCGACUCAGCCCACAUGACCUCCUCCGACGAGGCUGACCCUUCGUUCAGUCCCAAGGCCAAGAAGCCCCGCGGCGCCCCCGCUUCCCCCGGCAAGUCGGACAGCAAGCCGGACAAGUUCAGCCAGAAAGGCAAGGGACGCCCCUGGACCUCGGCUGAGUACGUGCAGCUGUUCCAGCGUGUCGAGGACCUGGGCAAGAAGGCUGCGUUCGAGGGCUUCCCUGGCCGUACCAAGAACCAGGCGUAUCAGGCAUGGCGCAACGUCGUUGCUCCCGCGUGCAUCAAGGCUCUGGAGACCAAGGGGAUGUAG